AUGCUAGUGUCAUCGUCUGCUAAAUAUUGCAAUCGCAAUAUAUUAAUUUUCUUGUUAUUGAUGACUCAGUUAUUGAGUAUAUUGGAAGCGUUGCCAUUCAAAAGAUUUGAUAUAAAUAAAUUUGGAAUAUCCAAAAAUAUCCAAAAAUUUUCGGAGCAACAACUAAAACCAAAAACAAUAGAAACCAGAGAUUCUACAUCGGAAUCAUAUUAUUUCAUACAACCGAUUGAUCAUUAUAACAAGAAUCAAGGUCAAUUAAAACAACGGUACUUUGUUAAUUCGACUUUCUAUAAGUCAGGCGGUCCAGUUUUUCUUUACAUUGGUGGCGAAAGUGCAGUUAAGACAUCUACAGUGGAAUACAGCGGAGCAAGUGAAUUAGCCGCAAGCUUAAAUGGUCUCUUAGUUGUAGUCGAACAUAGAUACUACGGUGAAAGCAUUCCCGACAUUCCUAACAUGAAAUCCGAAAACCUAAAAUUCCUAAACACUGAUCAAGCAUUGCGAGACUUAGCAAACUUUGUCAGCAAUGCUCCAUCUUCAUCAUUAUCACCAUUAAAUACAAUCUCCAAAAACUCAAAAUGGAUCUCAGUUGGCGGUUCAUAUGCCGGCAACUUAGCAGCAUGGUUUCGUAGUAAAUAUCCAAAACUCAUAUUUGCAGCGUAUGCCUCCUCAGCACCUGUAAAAGCAGAACUAAACUUUUUCAAAUAUGAUCAAGCAAUCGCCAAUAGAAUCCAAUGCCGUGAUCUCGUCGGCAAAUCUAUCGAGUACAUCGAUGCAAUAUUGACCUCGGGAAAUCGAAGCGCAAUCGACGACCUAAAGGACCAAUUUGGAUUGGGCACGAUUGAAGACGACAAAGAUUUUGCGUCGGCUUUGAAUGAUCCGUUUAUUUCAAUGGUGCAAUCACCUACUUCGUCUAGUCAACAAGAUUCGAUUAAAAUGUUUUGCGAUGUAGCUACUAAUUCGCCUGAUCAAUCACCGAAAGGGUUGACUGCUACUUAUGCUGAGGGGAUGAAGCAGUUCUUGCAAAUAAAGGGAUAUACAAGUACAAAUAAGAUUCUUAAAGAUAAAAUUGCUUGGUUGUGGCAGUACUGUAAUGAAUUUGGAUAUUAUCAAACAGCACCCAAACCACCUUCCCUUCGCUUACGCUCAAAACUAAUUGAUGUCGAUUACUAUCAAAGCCAAUGCAAUUUUCUCUGGCCCGACAUUCCAAACAAAUCACCUAAUGUCGAUCGCACAAACAAAAUCUACGGCUCAACCAACACAAUAAUCUCUCGUGUAGUGUACGUGAACAACGAUGGUGAUCCGUGGUUCCCGUUAACAGUCAGUAGCGACGAUGCAAACCGAGAAAGUACUCAAGACACACCAAUUUUAGUGGUUAAAGGUGGUGCACAUGUGACUGAUUUGAAAACUCCCACGUCUGUUGAUUGGGACUCCUUAAAACAAACGAGAUUGAACGCGAGAAAUUAUUUGAAGACGUGGUUGGAUAUGAAGUGCUCCAAUGAUAAUUGCGAUAAUUAA